CAUACAGGUUGGACUAAAAGAUGGCUCUGUAUCCAUCACUAGAGGACCUCCAGGUCUCCAAAAUAAUGCAGGCCCAGUCCACCAUUGUAGCCAAACCAGGCCUCGCCGGCCAUCGAAGCCAAGGCCUUGGAUGCUGGAGACGGCCUGUACCCAGACCUGCAGGAGCUGGGCCACUACAUGGGUCUCGACCUGAACAAUGAGAAGCUGCAGCAGGACAUGUCUCUGGUGCCCGUCUCAGAAUCUGGACAAGUUGCUGGCAGUCAGUCUGCCCUCGGUAACAUGGUGGCCCCAGUGACUGGAAACAGCCUGGGGCUCCACCGAGCGGAGAUUAGAGCUGGUGUCCGGGAAGUGAUCCUCUGCAAGGACCAGGAUGGAAAGGUUGGACUGCGUCUGCGUUCCAUUGACAGAGGAAUUUUUGUCCAGUUGGUGCAGGCUAAUUCUCCUGCUUCACUUGUUGGCCUGCGAUUUGGGGACCAGAUCUUGCAGCUGGAUGGAAAUACAUGUGCUGGCUGGAGCACUGACAAAGCUCAUAAGGCACUGAAACGGGCACCACAGGACAGGAUCUCUCUCAUUGUCCGUGAUCGGCCAUUCCAGAGAACAAUCACAUUGCAUAAGGACAGCAGUGGACACACUGGAUUCAUCUACAAACGCGGGAAAAUCAUCUCCAUCGUGAAGGAUAGUUCCGCCGCCAGGAACGGGCUUCUGACCGAUCAUAACAUCUGCGAGAUCAAUGGCCAGAACGUCAUUGGCCUGAAGGACUCUCAGAUCACUGACAUUUUGGCCACAGCUGGAACCACAGUGACUCUCACUGUCAUGCCAAGUGUUGUCUUUGAGCACAUGGUUAAAAAGAUGUCCUCUGGUCUUGUGUCUCGGAUGGAUCACUCUACUCCAGAGGUGUAAGAGCUGGUUGGCUUUGUGGAAUUCACUCAGCGGAGAUAGUGUGGAGCUAUAUUCACUGCCACCUUUCUUGAAAUAAGCAGGUGGACCUCUGCUCUUUUCUCACCUGUACAUCACAUUCAUGUUGAUCCACACUUUACUCUGGCCUUGUCUGCUAUCCCGUGAACCUCUCUGUCAUUUUUAACCAUUCUGGUGGUUGAACUCUCAAUGCAUUAUAUUAGCUACUGUAAUUAGGGACAAACUUUAUCUAUCAGACCAUCAGGAGCAGGCAGUGCAAAGGGGACAGGUUUGCAAGCAUAUUUAUAGAACAAUAGCCAAUAAGAGUGGUUAAUGAUUCUUUGAAUCCUAGGUUAUGAAAGUGGAAUGUGGCAUAUUAUAAACCAAUGACCUCCAUAGCUAAAAAGGAAGCUGAUCAGAACACACAGGUUGUAUGACAUGACCAACAGUAAUGCAAACUCCCCAACGGUUGAGACCACAAGCUGGAGCCAAGCAAUUGGCCAUUUGAACUGAUUUUGUGGGAUUUCCAUCUGGUAAGUUAAGGGGUGCUCCUUAAUGUUCAACUGCAGAGAUCACUGGAAAGGGAAUCAACUUGGUUAUAAACUUGCCUAUUCUAGCAGCAAGGCAGGGUGAAGUUGAUCACAUCACCUAGCACAAACUGGGCACUCGCCUCUUCUACCUGUCCAUGCUCACUGAUCCACUCACACCUGCAACUAAUUCUUGGCAAAGGAUUUGUGAUCUCAACAUUUGAAAUGCUGCUUCAAUUCCCUUGUAAUUUUCAAAUGCAGCUAAUAAAAACAAUGUUAAUCAUUAAAAUCACCUUGCGUCACAGAAACACUCAGGAGAUUGCAAUAUUUUGUCUGUGUGGUGGUUCAGGUCCAACCUAUAAGCUGGUGUAGACAGAAGUGCUCUAACAACUUGCAUUUACUCUGAUAAUGUGGCACCCUUGUGGUGGUAGACUGAUAGAUUUUCCAGACUAUCGUAUGUUGCUCAUAUUAACACCCCAGCACACUAUUUUAAUGUCCUGAUGCAGGGUUUAAACCCAAAAUGUCAACAAUUCCUACCCCCCCCCUGCCCCCCACACACA